CAGCUCCGAUAUGCCGUUCAAACAGCCGGACAUGACACUGGCUGACUUGCAUAUUUCCAAUCGAUCUCUACAACCAAGUUCAAUAAUUGCAAUCCAACAUUAAAUUUGAUGCAGCUAAGUAAACACAUGAAAACUAAUUGGUAGGCGAGUAUCGAUGUACAUGUAUGAGCGUCCAUUGACGAAUGGGCAUUAUAAAUACAGUGGAACCCCGGUAACACGACCACUCUGCAAUUUUGAGCAGAAAAAAACAAGUGAAACAAAUAUUUGGACUCAGAAUUUUUUUGUGGAGAGUACUUUUGAUUAUUCCAGUCAGAGAUUUUGUAAACUCAGUAUACAUUAGGCAUAACACUAGUAUAACAUACUCAUGUUGUUUUCAUUCCUUGGCUUCGAUAUCUAAACGGAUCGAUCGUUCGUUCGAUUGUCUGGCCAGCCAGCGCUAAGGCUUCUCUAUUCGACCCUGAUCAAGUGUUCUAAAUGUGCUGUGGGACUAUGCAUCCGUUAAACAAGUUAUGAUCAAUUAUGCCGUUAGAAGACCUUGACGAUACUACAAUUGAUGGCACUUGGAGGAAUGCACGGUGUAUUGCCGUUAGCAAAUGUAACAGUGACGUAUGCCUGGGAUUGAAAAUAGCUUUGAGAGCCAAAAUCUAACCGUCUGUUUGGAACUAAUUAAUGCGACUCAGGAUGUGAACAGACAAAGAUUGCAGAACAGCGGAGAGUUCCAUUCCGAGACUGUUGCACUGAUUUGAAGAAAAGCAAAAGUUUCGGCUGGGAAUCAGCAAGACGCCAUGAGCUGGCUUCGGAUCGCGAUGCGAGGUCGCGUCCUGCGGCUGGUUUGCCCCGUGCUCCUGGCGUGUUUGGUUGCCGUCCUCGUCAUCACCAACCGGAGACGGUUCCGGAACAUCAGCUGCCCCAGGUGCUCUCAGGGUAGUGGGGCGAACCCUGUAUGGGAGAGGGUGAGACUAGCCGGGGCCCAAGUCAGGGAGAUGGCGAAGUUGGAGUUCCCGAAGAUGUACGAAAUGCCACCCUGUGAUCCGAACGUCAACACGACACUCAACGAAGACGUUUGUAAGGUUCUCGGGGCGACGAUAGACGAGGGGGAACGACAAACGUACCUUCGUUUGCUGACCUACUUUAACGACCUGGCGGUCAAACACAACUGGACGUACUUCAUGGCGUUUGGGACGUUGUUGGGGUCGUGGAGGCAUCAUGGGUUUGUUCCUUACGACCAGGAUGUUGACCUUUAUAUCGAUUAUAAACACAGGAUGGAUAUUGUCAACGUUAUUGAAGAGCAGUCGAGAUUCGUGCCAAAGCAAAUGGUGACAGAUCAGUUGAAAAUAUACGAUGCAGAAAGAGUGGUUGGUGGCGCGUACUAUCCGAAUGUAGGUCGAUGGUGGGCGCCCGAUCUCGAUUGCUUCUUCUAUAAACAAAACGCAACCCAUAUUUUCAAAUCGGAUGAAACCAACGACAACGUAUGGAAAAAGAGUAAUAUUUUCCCCUUACAGAAGCGUCCAUUUGAAGUGCUGGACUUGCCUGCACCCAUAGAUACGUUGGGGAACUUGGUCAGUUUGUAUGGGAAUACGUCCACAUGUGAGCGCUAUGCUAGUGCUUAUAAACCCGUGCAAUGUAAAGACCUUGGGAAGUAUAUUCCGUUUGUACAGCGGGCUUUUAAAGUGGGUCACAUGGAGGAGAAGCUCGUGUUGGGCGAUAAGGUCCUCCAGGUAAGGAUGACGAGUGAAUCGAACAGAAGUAUCACUGUGAAUCCGUAUUCACUGCAGAGGGUAUAACAAAUAUAUAUUAUUUGUAGGCUUUAGUUGGUAGCAGUUGAAUACGGUGCGAUGGAAAGGUGCUCAUAUAAGAUUUCUGCCAUUCCAUUCAUUCGUUGACAACCUUGUCGCGAGUCCGGUAAGAUUCGUUUAAGAAUUAGGAAUGAGUACCGUGUUCUAGCAAUAUCAUGUCAGUCCAAUACAUACAAGUCAACCUUUGGUGCCGCGUGCCUUUGUCCAGAUACUUCCUCAGAGAGAAUAAGAUGGAGAUGUAAAUCCUGUGGUUAGCCAGUGUGAAUUUUGUGGCUAAGUAUAAAUGAGUUCGGGUCUCCAUCUUGGGCAAAGAAUUCGUUGUUUGGUAAGCC